AUGACCAAUCAAACCAAACACGACGGCAUUCGGUUUCGGUUUCCUUUAAAGCUGAAACGAAAGUCGUCACAAGCAAGAAGCACAGCAAACCUUAAGCCUGAUGUGAUUCUACCUGAGACUGCCUCUGAGCACUCGGAACAAGAUCCUUCCAAUACUUUUGAUCCUGCUUCCAAUGGGACUCAAAGGAAUCACGAUUCAAAGGCCAAGGGGUUGAAGAAGAAGCUCCAGUUGCCAUUCACUCUAAACUCAUCUGCUUCUUCCUGUCAAGCUUCCCCGCAGAUUUCGAACAUCACAAGCGUGUUGGAUGUCUUGUCAACAGAUGUUCAAUUGCAGGUCUUUUCCUUUUUGGAUUUGACAUCCCUCCGACACACGAUGGCCACUAACCGAGCCUUUCGAGCCUUGUUGGUCUCCGACUCUUCCUAUCAAGUGUGGCAUGCCAUGUGUCAGCAAAGGUUUUCGAUGCAAGAUUACGACAGCGAACACGGCAUGUUUCUACAGGAUGAAUUUUCCCUCCCCAUUGCAGUGUCUGGAAACAACGUGUUUUGUCGGUACAAUCGAGUCAACUUGCCCUUGCUCUUAUCUAUGGUCCCUAGACAACUUCCUACUGGAAUGGAUGAGCCUACUACUUUUCCUAAUAGCGGUAGUCUAACCGAUGCCUUCUCCUACGGCAGUUCAUCUUUUCGGACUUCCUUGAUUAAAGUUUUCUCCCCAGAAAGCGAUGAUAGCUUGGUUGGUCCAAAUCAUUUGGACGCAAGCUUUUGCUCGACAUCAACGUCUUCAUCUUCGGAUAGUUGUAUUCGACUUUCUUUCAAUGGCGAUGCUGCGUCCGGUCAUGUCGAUUCGAUCAAGGCCAACUAUCCACUUCCCAAACCGACUCGACAUGUACCUCUCAAGAAGAAGCGCAGCAAGAUAAAUCUUCCUCAAUUGCGCAAACGAAAUCGACCAGUUUGGAAUCCAAUGAUGAUCCCAUACCAAUCGUUGGCGGAUCAUACAUCCAGACUGAUCCAUGUCACGCCAAGACUGGUGUCAUACUUCGAGAUUUCUAUCACCAAGGCACCUGAUGUAGAGCCCAGUCGUCCCAGACUCGCAGACCUCGACCAGUUGGAGCAGCCUCGAUCGGAGGAUUGCGUCGCCAUUGGUUUGGCUACAGAAAGCUUUUCCCCACAAGCCACCUUGCCGGGGUGGGACAUGACUAGUUUUGGGUACCACGGUGACAAUGGUGGCUUAUACCAUGGUUCGGGACAUUCUCAACAACGAACGGAAGCCUUUGGACCAGGUGAUACUGUCGGAAUUGGAGUCGAUUAUGUCUCCAAAACUAUCUUUGUCACCAAGAAUGGGCGGUACUUGGGUACUGCUUACGAGGUGUUCACGGUUGACUUUUUGACCUCACAGGACUUCUAUCCAGUAGUGGGAAUGGGUUCCAAGGAUACCGUACAUGUCAAUUAUGGAGGGGUUGACCAACCCUUCCAUUUCAACCUAGCAUCCUAUUGUCAUCGACAGCAGCAGCACAUGGUGUCCGCCAAGUCUCGAAUUGCAAGAAAGUUUCGGUUUUCCAACUAA